AUGGUACUAACGUCUUGCAUCAGUAUUGGAAAGCAUGAAGAUGAACAUACUAAAAAGUUAUCAAUAUGUUUGCACACCCAGGCAAAAUCCUUGUAUAUACAAUUUGAUAGCGAUACAGAACUGAACGAGUGGUUGGGCCUCAUGUUGGCUUUACAACAGGAUACUGACUUUGGUCAUGAUGCUUCUAAUUUUAUUAGUUAUAUCUCUAUAUUACCUAAAGAAUUAGGAAUAACUGAAACUUUGAAUGGCCAGACAGGACUCUAUCUUAGUGAUGGAAAAGUGAGAAUAUUAAACUAUCCAAUAAAAUCAAUAGAACAAAAAUCAGUGGAUAUAAAGCUGACAAGUGUUCGUGCAUGCGGUAUUGAAGAUAUGUUUUUUUAUAUUGUAUUAGAUAACGAUUCUUAUUUUGGUUCUGGAAAAAUUUGGAUGAAAACAUUAACUUUGGACACAUUGCUUAAAUUGUAUGAUGCAGUACAUGAAUUUUUGUUAAAAUACAAACCACCUCCAAGGAAAAUGGAGGAGAAAAACAAGGAGACAGGCUUGACGACUUGA